AUGUCAUACCAACAAGGAUACGGACAUCCUCAGCAGGCGGCCCCCCAACAGGCAAUGCCCCCUAAUCACAACGACAAAGGCGGCUUUCCAGGCGGUAACUUCAGUAUCGCUCACCGUGACACCAACGCCGUGCUUAACAUUGAGCUUCAGCAAGGCGCCACGGUACGCUCCAAGUCUGGUGCCAUGAUUCACAUGUCAGGCACCAUCGAACUAUCAGGAAAGUCCAAGUUCUCCAUUGGCAAGCUCUUCACGGGCGGCAACAUGUUCGAGUCGACAUAUGCCGGACCAGGCCGUGUCGCUCUGGGCCCAACACUGUUCGGAGAUAUUAUUACUCUGCACGUCGACGGUCGCCAGCCUUGGACAAUUGGCAAAGACGCUUUCCUCGCCUGUACUUCUGAAGUCACAAAGAAGAGAGAAACUCAAGGAAUUGGCAAGGCGCUAUUUUCUGGAGAGGACCUUUUCGUGUUCCGCAUCGAGGGUCAGGGUAUCAUGUGGUUGACGAGCUUUGGUGCUGUCGAUCGACUAGAUCUCCGAGCUGGUGAAGAGCACAUUGUAGACAACGGUCAUCUCGUGGCUUGGAGCUGUAACUACAAGAUCGAGAAGGCUGGUGGAGGAGCUAUGACUGGGAUGAAGACGGGCGAGGGUCUUGUUUGCCGCUUCACGGGUCCUGGUUCUGUUUACAUCCAGACUCGAAACAUGGAUGAGUUCCAGUCGUUUAUCAAGGAGACUGUAGGUGCCUAG